UUAGGGUCUCGCUAAUCUGCCCUAUUUAAAGCACCAUCACAUUUAGGGUUUUCCUCUUACAAAGUUACAAGCCUACCUUAUUCUUUCGCCAUCUGCGCGUGAUCCCAAAUCUAGCCAUGGCGGAGCAGACUGAGAAGGCCUUCUUGAAGCAGCCCAAGGUGUUUUUGAGCUCGAAGAAGUCAGCAAAGGGAAAGAGACCUGGAAAGGGAGGGAAUCGAUUCUGGAAAAGUAUUGGAUUGGGUUUCAAGACACCCAGAGAGGCAAUUGAAGGUACCUACAUUGACAAGAAGUGUCCAUUCACUGGCACUGUUUCUAUCAGGGGUCGUAUUUUGGCUGGUACAUGCCACAGUGCUAAGAUGAAUAGGACCAUCAUUGUAAGGCGCAACUACCUUCAUUUUGUGAAGAAAUAUCAGAGGUAUGAGAAGAGACAUUCUAACAUACCAGCACACAUAUCACCAUGCUUCCGUGUGAAAGAGGGGGACCAUGUUAUCAUUGGUCAGUGCAGGCCCUUGUCGAAGACAGUCAGAUUUAAUGUCCUGAAAGUUAUACCAGCUGGGUCUUCUGGUGGUGCAAAGAAGGCAUUCACGGCAAUCUGAGUUGGAGAUGUGAUUCUGACAUUAAGUUUUGUUCUGUCUUAUGAUACUUUGUUAUUUGGAUUUGCCUUUAGUAUUUAAUCCUUGCUAUGAGAUGCAAUUUCUAGAUAUGUGAAUUGUUGAUUUAUUUUUGUUGAAGCCAAUUACAAAUCUUCUGUGUUAAUGAUAAGAGGAUGUUUCGCA